AUGUUUAUAUUCGAAAGCGCGCAACACUACUUUAACUUCUUCCGGAACUUUAAUGGGUGCUACACAGAUAACAAGCUGCUGAAAUAUUUUUUUAAAAAAAGUUACAACAGUUGGUUUAAUGACCCGAGUCAGUACAACUACUACUUUAUUUCGUACUAUGCAGUGGCAAUUUCAUUCUCCGUUAUGAUGAGGAAUUUGUUAUUCAACCCGGACGUUCAUUUUAGGAGACAGGACAAGAGAAGAAACAUCGUUGAUCGGACCCAGCACCAUGCGUAUUCAGUCCCCUACUACAAUCACUGGUUAAGAAAUUUUAGCCAAUCGUUUAAGUGCUCCCUGAUAGACAACGAACCGGAUUACCAGGAUGAGGACCCUUUGAAUAUUCGUCCUAAGCGGGUUCAAUUUUACGGAAGGUUCCCAUUCUUCUUUGAGGUCCCAAAGUAUGGCGUCGAUGACCCCUAUUACGAAAAGAACUCGCAUAAGUACAUGCAGAAGUACUACGAGAGCAUUGGGUAUGUGAAGCCGAGCGAGCCGCAGGAGGGUUAA